ACCAUCUUCAGCACCAUCUUCAACACCAUCGCCAGCGCCUCCAGCUCCAGAAAAUGCUUGACGACUUGUCAUAUCUACAACCUGAUUUUAAUCCGAGGACUCUAAAAAUUGCUCAAUUAAGAAGCAUUUUCGUUGAGCACAAAAUAGAUUAUCCUGCUCAUGCCAAAAAAAACGACUUGAUCAAAAUCUUCAAUGAAAAGAUCAAACCCAUCUCCCUGAGUUUACUAAGCACCUACAGCUCUGUCAUCCCCAACGACAACAAAAUCUUCAAUGCUGAUGACUCCAACAUAGAUAACUUGGAUGUGGACGACACCAUUCUUGAACCUUCUUCCUCAGAGAAAAAGGCCUCAAAGAGAAUAACAAGGUCCAGAUCUCCCAGAAAGGUCUCUAAUAAUGGCUUCCUCUACACAAACAUCCAACUACCAAAUUCUCCUAACAAAAAAACUACAAAACCUUCUAGAUCACCAUCCCCAAAGAGAUCGCCAUCUCCCAAACGGGCUUCAACCAAACGAUCCCCCAAAAAGAAGCCACAACCUUCCACUAAUGAUCCAUUGGACGUUCCCAAAUUAAAUACCCAAGACGAACUACUACUAAACCCCAAAAAACAAAGAUCCCCUUCAAAAUCAAAACCAAAACCAAAACCAAAAACGAGAUCUGUCUCUCCAAGAAGAAAGACCUCAAAGAGACUCGACUCCAAAAACAAUGAAGCUAAACAAAAAGACAAUAACGAUCUAAUAAAAUCUCCCAAAAGAGGAAGACCAAGAAAACAGCUCCAAGAAGAGGACCAAGACAAUCAAUUCGUUAAAAAUAAAACUAUACCUUCAAUCAAUAUUCAAAAGGCAACCCAGUCCCAAAAAGAUGACUCAGAUAAAACACCAGAAAAACCUACUAAAUCAAACACUCCUUUCUCCAAAAGAAACUCAUUCCAACUAUACUCAUCUCCAUCACCUAAUAGACAUAAUAAAUCUAACCCCAAAAAAAGAUCCAUCUCUGAAAUAAUUGAAGAAAAUCAAAAUCAAAAUCAAACAGAAACUAAAAACUCACCUGAAAAUAGUACCACUUCUGAUGAUGAGCCAACUGAACCCGCAAAAAAGAAAAAACAACUUCCUGUUUUCACUAAAUCUGUUAAGCCAGGGGACUUGUUUGGACUCGAUGACAACGUAUCUUCUGAAAAUGAAGAUGAAGACCAGUUUUUUCGCAGCUUGAUUGAAGACGAAUCAAAAUUUAUACCUUCAAAAAGAGAACCAAUUCCUAAAAUUGUCCAAAAAAUUAAAGAAGAAUCUAAACCUUCAUUACUACCUCCUUCUCCUUUCAGAAGUCAAUCCCAACCUCAAGUUCAAGCUCAAUCACACAUUCACUCUUCAAACUCUGAUAAAAAUAAAAUUAAAAAAAUAUCAAUCAUUAAAAAUGAUCAAUCAAUUAAAAAAAUUAAAAGUGAUUUAAUUAAAAAUAAAGUUCUAUCAAAUUCAAAAGAUGAUCAAUUUGAAACCAUCAUCAAAAAAGAAUCAAAAUCUAAAGUUAUUUUACAUGAUAACCAUCCCAAAGAUAACAUCAAAUUAGAACUUGAACUUGAACUUGAAAACAAUUCCAUUAAACCUGAAUCUGAACAGGACGAUCUUAUUAAAGCUGAACCUGAUCAAAACGAUCUUGUUAAAGCAGAGUUAGACCAAAACAAUUCCGUUAAAGCUGAAUUUGAUACCCAACAAAUUUUAGAAGAAGAAACCUCUUCAACUAACAUCAUAAUCAAGGACGAAUCUACAAUAAAUGAAAUCCCCCUCUCACCAACACCACAAAUUGCUCCAAACUUCAGUUCAUUAUUAAAUCAAGAGCUUAUGAAGCAUUUAGGCAUUAUAAUUCAAGGUACACCACCAGCAUCUGCUUUUAAUUCAAAUUAUGAAUUUUCAAAUGAACCUCAUCCCAAACAAGAAUUCAAAAGACACAUUCCUUCGAUUCCAAAAGUUACUCCUGAAGAAAUUCAAAACGCAAAACCUUUAAAUCAACCCUUAGAUUCGCCCCCGGUAACCAUUGAUGAAAAUAAUGACUCAGACUCUGAAGAUGAAACUUACUAUCCUAACCAAACAACUCAAUUAAGUGACAUUGAUUUCCAAGAAGAACAAGAGCUAGAAAAAAUUGAAAAAAUUGAUCAAAUACUCGAAGUUGAAGAAACAACUGAAGAAUCUGAAGAAGGAAAUGAAGAUGAGCCAGGAAUUUCUGAAAAAACCGAAAAAUCGCAAGAAUCUGAAGGGUCUAAAAAACCUAAAGAACUUGAAGAACCUAAAGAACUUAAAGAAUCUGAAGAGCCUGAAGAAUCCGAACAACCCGAAUUCGUCGAAUCCCCUGAAGAACCUGAAGUAGAAGACACUGAAGUGAGCGAAGAAGGUGAAUUGAUUGAAGCCGAUGAUGAUACUAAAGUUGGUGAUGAGAUUGAAAACGAUUAUAAAGCAAAAGCUAAAAAUGCUACUGAAAUUAUAAAUGAUUCAUCACAAGAAACAGUUGGUUGGUCUUUUAAAAGCUAUUUAAAACAAACAUUUCUGCUAUUGAUCAUUGGUUUAUUUGUUCAAAGUUUGUUAUGGUAUCGUAGUCAAUAUUUUUCUGUUGGUUACUGUGGCCAUUCAACUGAUACUCCUUUGUUAUCAAAAUAUCACAAUGAUGAUAGAUUUGAGUUUCUUCAUCCAUAUAUGGAAAAAAUUGAAGUUUUUUAUCAGGAUUUUAUCAAGCCAGACUGCAUUGCAUGUCCUUCAAAUGCUGUUUGCUUUGAAAACCUUGAAUUAAAAUGUGAAGAUGACUACAUUGAAUUAACUCCAUUUUAUUCAUUUAAUAGAUUAUUACCGGUUGCGAGUGAAUGUGUUCCUGAUACCAGAAAGGCUCAAAGAGUUCAUGCAAUGUUUAGUUAUUCAUUAAAUUUAUUAAGAAAUAGAAACGCUGCUAUAAAAUGUGGUGAAGGUGAAGACGAAGAAUCCGGUUUGUCAUUAGAUGAGAUAUAUAAUGUGUUAUAUCAAAUCAAAUCACCUGAAAUAAGUGAUGCUGAUUUUCGUGAUGUUUGGUCUAAAGCUGUUGUUGUUCUUGAAAAUGAACCAGAAAUAAGUGUUUACCACAAAGGAUAUAAUAACUCCAACGAUGUUAUUGAAAACAGUGACAAACGAGAUGAAGAUUCUCAAGAGUCAGAAAAAGAAAAAGGAUUUCGAUCGACUUCCCUUGCAAACUCUGGAAUUAAGUGCCGUUCCAAAAAGGUUUUUAAUUUCUUACUAGAAACAUACAAAUAUUAUAUUUUAUCAUUUUUGAUAAGUUUUGGUAGCAUUUAUUACGGCAAGUAUCAGAUUAAUGAGUAUAAUAAAAAGCAACUAAAGUUGAAUAAGAUUUGCUCAAUAGUUGUUAAAAAAUUGAAAAAACAACUUAAAAACUCGGUUCAAGAUGAUAGUGGGACAAUUAAAAAACACAUUCCAAGUAUUCAAUUGAGAGAUUCACUUUUAGAAAAUGAAACGCCAAAGGAAAAAUUAGAAUUGUGGGAAAAAGUUACUAAAAAAAUUGAACAUAAUUCCAAUAUUAGAGUUCAUAUGAUGGAAGUUUAUGGAGAAAUAAUGAGAACAUGGGAAUGGAUUGGAGAUUUUGAAAAUGAUGAAGUUACAAAUGCACCAACAAUAUAGAAUAGAAAUUUCCAAAAUUUCAAACCUAUGUUUUAAUUAUGAUAUUAGCUGUUUAACAAACUUCCUGCAUCUAAGAUCCUUUUGUAAAGUAUUAAUUUUGCUUAUUAUAAAAUUAAGAAGCAUUAGAAGAAUGUUGUUGUUUUUUUUUCUAAUGUAUGUAUCUAUGUUUCUUGAAUUAAAUAUUUUUUAACUUUUUGGUUAUUUCUUUAUGAAUUUUUUCACAUUUUUUUUAAGGGUUUUUAGGAUUUCAACUUUUAAAUUUUAAUUUUUAAAUUUCAACAAUAUUUCAAUAUUUAAUGUUUUUCAAUUGAUAAAUCUUCAAGUUCUC